AUGGCCAACUCGCACUCGAUCAGUUUGGCCCUGUCAAUCUUGGCUUUCACCUCGCACGUCGGGACAGGAUUCGCAGCACCAGUUGCCACUGCAAGCUCUCUGAGCCCAUUGCUCGGAUAUAGCCCUUCAAACACACUUGUCAACGAGAACACCAACAACAUCCAGUAUAGUCUUGCUCCAGGACAAACUUCUGACGCGAAUAUUGGUGCAUAUUUGGACUUUGAAAACAUUGCAAAUCCCCAACCAAUUCGGGGUACAAAGGGUGGAACUGGCCCAGGACCUCGUGCGAGUGAAUAUGACAGGAUUAACAGUGAUAAGCUAGCACCGCCAGGAACGGAUCAUGGUGACGUCGCGAACGCGCAGUGGCCCAUGGUUUCUAACAGAUGCAGACUAGGUCAAAGUGGCGCUGGGUGGUCCCGUCAGCAAAAUGUUGGGGUUCUCCCGGCUGCGACUGCAAUGGCUGGAGUAGACAUGAGACUGGAGCCUGGAGCGUACAGAGAGUUGCACUGGCAUAAAGCUGCUGAGUGGGCACUUAUUCUCAACGGGACGGUCCGAAUCCAAGCCAUUGAUGAAAACGGGCGCACUUUCGUCGAUGACCUCAGUAAAGGGGAUGUUUGGUUCUUUCCCGCUGGAAUUCCGCACUCCUUACAAGGGCUUAGUGGCGGCUGCGAAUUUCUUCUCGUUUUCGACGAUGGAAGUUUCUCUGAAGAUAACACAUUCCUCGCAUCAGAAGUAUUCGCCCAUAAUCCGAAAGAAGUACUUUCCAAGAACUUGAACCUGAAUGUUUCAGCUUUCGACAAUAUCCCUCCGAAUGAGCUUUUCAUUUUCCCUGGAACUCCAGCCCCGACCGACAUCACCAAACAGAACGUCACAGUCACAGCUGGUAUAAUUCCAAAAGCGUCGUCUUUUUCUUAUCAUUUCUCCGAGCAAAAGCCUAUGGAAGUAGCAGGGGGGAGUGUGAAAAUUAUCGACCCCACAAAUUUCCCCAUUGCAACCAAAUUCUCCGCUGCACUGGUCACGGUCAAGCCAGGAGCUAUACGGGAGAUCCACUGGCAUACGACGAGCGAUGAGUGGAACUUCUUCCUCGCCGGAAAGGCUCGCAUCUCAGUCUUUGCUGCAGAAGGAAAUGCUCGGACUUUCGACUAUCGCGCUGGUGACUGCGGUUAUAUUCCUAAGGCCAUGACGCACUACGUGGAGAAUGUUGGAACUGAAGAUGUGGUGUUUGUUGAGGUACUUCAGGCAGACCACUUUUCUGAUAUUGCCCUGGGACAGUGGCUCGCUCUCACCCCCAAACAGAUUGCCCAAGACACUUUGCAUCUCAGCAAUGCCACCCUAGCCAGCCUCAGCAAGGCAAAGCAGUAUAUUGUUCAAGGGCCAGUGGUAGCUACCACAGCCGCCAUAUCACUUAGCGUCACGUCUACAGCCACGACCAAGCCCUCGACCCCGAAACCUUCCAAAUCUACUGCGAAAGCCAUCUCUACCACGACCAAAGCCUAG